GAGUUGAAGAAAGUGUGAUGGAACCGGUGCAUAUUAUGGUAAUUUUCUUCUGCUCGACAUGAAGCAAGGGUUGAUGCGUCGUCCUUUCUUUAUCCUUCAGCUUAUCGUUCCCUCGAAGGAGUGACUGGCAGUGUUUGCUUGAAAUGGUGGCGAUUGGUUGCCCCCUUCAAGCUUCACACUGCAAACAGCCAAAGAAAUGGAGCAGCAUUAUCUCUUCCUCUAUGGGACCGAUCAAAUCCAACAAUAUCAAGGUGGUUAUAAAUGGAGCGGCCAAAGAGAUUGGUAAAGCUGCCAUAAUUGCAGUAACUAAAGCUAGAGGAAUGGAGCUGGCUGCUGCUGUUGAUAAAGUUUUAGUAGGAGAAGAUGCUGGCACGAUCUGUAACAUGGAGGAGCCCCUGGAAAUUCCUAUUCUUAGUGAUUUGACCAUGGUUUUAGGUUCCAUUUCUCAGUCUAAUUCAAACGGCGUUGUUGUAGACUUCACUGAACCCUCUGCUGUUUAUGAGAAUGUUAAGCAGGCGACUGCCUUUGGACUGAAGAGUGUUGUUUAUGUGCCUGGGAUUAGUUUAGAUACGGUGGCAGCACUAUCAGCAUUCUGCGAGAAGGCGAGCAUGGGAUGCCUGAUAGCACCAACAUUAUCAAUUGGUUCAGUACUCCUUCAGCAAGCAGCUAUCACUGCAUCUUUCCAUUAUGAUAAUGUGGAGAUUGUUGAGUCGCGGCCACAUGCGUCGGACCUUCCAUCACUAGAUGCCCAACAAAUUGCCAACAACCUUUCUAAUCUUGGACGUCUAUACAACAGAGAUGACCUCUCAACGUGCAACUUGGCAAGAGGUCAACUCUUGGGUGAAGAUGGCAUUCGUGUUCACAGUAUGGUUCUUCCAGGUCUUCUUUCCAGCACGACAGUUCACUUCUCUGCUCCGGGAGAGGUCUACUCUGUUAGACAUGACAUAACAGAUGUCCAGAGCCUAAUGCCAGGCCUCAUCCUAGCAAUAAGGAAGGUCGUGCGGCUUAAGAAUUUGAUCUAUGGACUAGAGAAGUUUCUGUAAAGCCACGAAUGUGAGUGGAUCGGUCACUGAGAUUGAACAUGGCAGAUAUUUUUAUGGCAGCUGACAAGGCUUCACCAAGUGAAGCAGUCAUUCUCCCCCUGUUGAAAAAUGAGCUUAAUUGAAUUCAACCAUAUAAUGUGGAAUCAUUGUGACCUUCAAUUUUUUGUUGUUGAUCAUACCUUCGCUUGUCCGGCUCUCCAUUGAAAACUCUAAUGAUUUGGUCAUAUCGUCUCCCUCGAGUGCAUUACUGAUAUAAGAUGGCCAUGAUGUGAGAACUUUAUGGGAGCUGAACCCUGUAGGGAACCAGAUUCUCUCUGUCUCCACAGCUAUAUACUUGCAAUGGUACCUGACCUCUUCAAGUUCA